CCUUCGAGAAGAGAGAGAAUUUGAAGAAGAAAAUUAAUUUCUCAUUUCGUUCUCUCUCUAAAUUUCAUACCACUUCAAGUAGUACCACAAGCUAAACAAACUCAGUGUCAGAAAAAAACAACCCCUCUAAUUUUUAUUUUAAAUUUUCAAAUUUAAUUAUUCUUUGCGUGCUAUAUUAUCAUAAUAACAUUAACAAUUUUAUUCGGAUUUCUUGGAAUUAUUUUUGUAGAGUAAAACAAAUAAGUAUACAUAUUAAUUAUAAUUUAAGAUAGUGAGUUUUACUUUGAUAAUUUUGGAAUUGUACAUUUUGGGAAAUUGAAGAGUUAAAGAAGGAAAUGGAGCACCGAGGAACUCCGGUGAGAAAACCUCACACUUCAACAGCAGAUCUGCUAACUUGGUCGGAAAAUCCUCCCGCCGAUUCGCCUUCUCUCUCCUCCUCUAAUCGCCCUAUUCGCAACGUCCAGCCAUCGGAUGGGAUCAGUAAGGUGGUGUUUGGAGGUCAAGUGACAGAUGAAGAGUUUGAAUCCUUGGUAAAAAGGAAACCGUGCUCUGCUUACAAGUCUAAAGAGAUGAUUGGUAGUGGCAUAUUUGCUGGUGAAGAGGAAAUCGAUGACCAAGAAGCUGAAGGUGCCAACCAAACCCCGGGUAACAAAACUGGCGUACGUAUGUACCAGCAAGCUCUUACUGGAAUGAGUCAAAUCUCAUUUGGUGCUGAUGAUGAGAGCCUUUCUCCAAAGAAACCUGCCUCCUUACCAGAAGUGGCAAAACAGCGAGAACUGAGUGGAAAUCUGGAUAGCGCGGCAGAAGCAAAGUUGAAGAAACAACUCUCCGAUGCCAAGUGCAAGGAGCUAAGCGGACAUGACAUCUUUGCCCCACCACCUGAAAUUAAGCCACGAUCGACUGUAAGAUCUCCUGCAUUCCAGGAAACUGACAGUGAACCUGUAGUGAAAACAGCAAAGAAGAUUUCCGACCAGAAAUUUGCUCACUUGUCAGGAAACAACAUAUUCACAGAAGAUGCACCUCCUAGCUCAACAGAAAAACCCUUGAGUCAUGCCAAGCUGAGAGAGAUAAGUGGAAACAACAUCUUUUCAGACGGGAAGGCAGAAUCCCGAGACUACUACACAGGGGUCCGAAAGCCUCCAGGCGGUGAAAGCAGCAUCGCCUUGGUUUAAUCAUGCCUGAGAUCUAACAUUGUUUUUUCAUCAUCUUCUUAUUCACAUUAUUGAUUCCGCGUGUCUCAUUCUUCGUUGUGGGUAAGGGUUCGCGUAUAACAUGACCUUGCUACUGUUCGGGUUUGGUCGCAUAUUUCUCUUAGGCUUAACUUGUUGAUCAGAAAGCUAAAGAUAUUUUGCUAAUUGGGUUGUAAUGUUUAUAAAAACUUUGGUUUAUUUUUUACUUCUAAAUUGUCGUUGUCAUAUUUCAAUGAAGUGGUUGGGGCUGUUAAGUUUAUUUAAAUUAUAGACCGAAAAUUUCGUACAAUUUUUUCCAUGUUACUAGCUAAAGUAGGUUGCAAUAAUUAAAGAAAAAAAAAACCUACUCAAAUUGAAAUUGUAAUAGUUGAUGCUAAGCUUGUGUUGCAAGUGAUGAAAAUUGACCUGACCGACCCACUUCUAAAGCAAA